AUGGGCUUGCGGCGUGCAUGUGUACCUGCGCUACGGUACCAGAGUGCCGAGCACACUCAACCGCUGUCACGUACGCAAUGUUGCGAGGACGGAAAUCCAGCUCCUUUUACGACAGUCACAUUGGAGUGA